CCGAUCUAUAUUCUUCCCUUUGGUAUGUAAAUUGCACUGUCGUGUAUCCUAUGUUUCCCUCACAAAAAUUCUCCGAAUCCGUCAACAAUGUAUGGUAAUUUCUCCUCAUUAUGUCCAUCAAUUGCGCCCAUUUUCAUUAUCGUAUCAUUUAUUGAAGCAUCAUUACAUCGAUCGGCAUCAUCUCUCCGUGCAACCCCCGUUAUGCACGAUGCGAAGUUUAAUAGCUGGUCAUUUCCGUCAGACUGCUCAGCAAGAAACAUUUCAACAAUGUCGAAGUUACCAGGAGAUUCGAAACCACUACAUUUGCAGUUUGAAUAUUAUUUCAGUGGUGACAUCCUCAUUUUACAGUCAUUAGGAUUAUAUUCCAUGGGUAAUAUUUUUAACCGGGUUGAGGCAAAUUUUUAUUUUUGGGAAACAAUACCCUUCAUCUUUGGCGUAGGGGGAUUAUUUUUUGGAUUAAUGAGUGACUUCCGUAGUGUAUUUAUCGAAACACGGAAACACUCUUUGUAUGCUAUUGAAGUUCUUGCAGCUGCUCUCUGCUGUUCGCUGGGAAUAUACAAGGGCUAUCGAUUAUGGAUUUAUAGACAUGAAUUUUACCAUUUUAUAAAGGCAUUCCACCUCCGUUGGAACGAGGAAAUAUCUCAUAAUGCGAUAACAGACGAAAUGGUGGAACACGCCAAGUCAAUGCGUAGAUUUAGAAUUUGGUACGGUACUGUUGUCGCAGCAAUUUUCACAGCAUAUGUGUUACGACCAUGUUUAGUAUAUCUUCGGUUCAAAUUGUCUGGAACCAAUGACACCUUCGAUUAUUCACAAACUGCUUAUCCGGCUGAGUAUCCUUUUACGUUGUCAACGCCUCGAUCUUACUUUUGCUGCAUCACCUUAGAGGCGAUUGGCAUUUACUUUCUUAUCCUUUACUGGACAGCAGCUGAUGGACUAUUUGGUCAGCUCACAACACAAUUGGCGAUUCACUUUCAAAUACUGGCAAAUCGCAUGCGUGAUAUACCAACUAACGAAAAGGAAGACUUGCAGCAUACAAAGAUAGUGGUGGAACGAUUGAAGAAAACCGUGCAGGACUAUUUAAAGUUAUUCGAAUAUGUCACCGAAUUGGAAAGGAUCUACAAUCCAAUACUGUUUGGGACUGUGUUGGUAAAUGGCUUGAAUCUUUGCACCUGUCUUUAUAGUAUGCAAUACAGGAUGUCAAACAACGAGUGGGGGUUGGCCGGAAAAAAUGCACUUUUGACGACUGGUAUUACAGCACAAACCAUGAUGUUUUGUGUUUGCGCCCAACGUUUGAAUGAUGAAGUUGCUGGAGUUCGCCAGGCAGCUUAUAAUUGUUCGUGGACAGAAUUUAAUUCAACAAUUAAAAAUAUGAUUUUAUUGAUAAUGAUCCAGACUGAACCAGAUUAUAUAUACACUGCGUAUGGCUUCAUUUAUCUCAAUAUACCUCAACUUACAGUGAUUUUUACAGCGGCAAUGCGAUUUUUCACACUCCUGAGGAACAUGACUUGAAGUAUCGUUCGGAAAAUCGAAUACAACACAUUUUUUAAAAUAAUUUUUGUGAAUAGGUAAGCGAGCCAGAAUAAAUGUUUUUCAAUUACU